CGAGGUUCUAGCUGGCUGUCGUUCGACUAAUGGUUUUGUUACUAUAUACUUCCGUUUUUUUCUCUGCCCGCGUCGAGUGCGUAAGGCGCACUCGUGAACCCACCAUUUAUCUAACCCGUACCCACCAGUGCACCAUGACCAACGGUGAAGAUCGGACGAUCGUGAUUUAGUGUAUCCUAAUCGCUACAAGCAGCAGAACGCAAUCGAAAUGAGUGCCAUCAGCAAGUACUGGAACGAAUUUGUUACCCCGGAAGUGAGUUGUACGUUGAUAGCGCAUCCGGGCAAAUCCUGUGUGGAACACAACCUCUCCCAGAUGAGGACGACGGUUUUGGGCAAUAUGCAAUUCUUCAUCCCAGUGUCGCUCCUCCGUUUGUUCUUACUUGUGUACUCCCGAAAAGCCAUAAAGUGGGAAAUUGUCCGCCAGACGCUGCUCGAGUUCUGCUGUAUGGUUGCCAAUGGCUGGUCUGCCUCCAACAGUUGGACGGUGGGAUUCUGUGCUAUGUAUAAUAUUUUCGGGCGGAUGAUCAACAACUAUUGCGUUUCGCUGCCAGGGUUAGCAGGAAGUCUCGUUAUGUUCUGGAUGCCACUUUACGUUCAAUCAAGUCACUCAAGGGCAGUGUUUAAUGUGUUUCUAGAGUGUUGGAUAAAAUCGAGAGAACACCCGCUGCUAGAGUACGCACGAGAGUCAAAGGUAAUCGGAACGGUGGCGUUCAUGAUUAUCAGUGCUGUGAUUGGAUAUUUUGCACAAAGAACCAAAACAGCGGAGUUCUGGUUUUUCUCACCAUUGAAGAAAAAUCUUAACUCAGCGAUCGAUCAAACAACCAAACCAUGCUUCCAUCGCAACGACUGUCUGCAUUACAUCCUAGAGGGAAUGAAGACUUGUUUCACCUUCGGCAUGAUUUUGGAACUAGCCCGGAAGUUGAUUGGUUCCGCUGCCAAGAUUCGGCGACAACCUGCAAUGGUGCUGAGGUCCAUCUCCAGUAUCCGAUUCAAGUUUGUCGCCUUUCUGACUCUGUACAAUGGACUAUUCAGACUCGCAACCUGUCUCUUGGCUCGCUUUCGAGGAAAAGUAUCCAUGAGCGACAGCACCCUGGCCGGUGCCGUUAGUGGGUUGUCCUAUUCUCUAUCACCCAACUACAACGUGUUCAACUUAGCGGUGACCGCUAUGGCACAGAACUGUUGGAACUUCCUGGGGGAGAUGUACACUCGAUCGAAGGCGAUUCAACGACUUCACCAGCUGCCCAUUAGUUCGAUCGUUUGGGUGAUACUGAUCAACUACAAUUUGUACAGCCGAGCCUACUAUCCGUACGCGAUGUCCAAGUACGCGCUGAAGUUCACCGACAUGUGCUCGUACUCGCAGGCUCGGACUGCAUCCGCAAAUCUAGCAAAACUAUUUCUUGGUGCCAUUUAGGUUGUUUGUAAUUUUACAACGGGAUAAUGCCGC